CAUGUCGCAAAAAAAGAAAAACCACCGUUCACCAUGACUAGCACAGACACUUGGAGUUUUCAGUGGAAGGGCAGAGUGCUUCCCGCAGCUUCUGACUGAGAGCAUGAGGGCUACGUGGAAACUCUAGUAUUUCAAACUUUCACACUCUCAAGAUUUGACAGAGGACACAUCUUCACGGAGCUUUGUUGCAUCGACGUCGUCUCAGCCAGAGGAGCCACAGGCCUCGUUUUCGCAAUCCAGCUUCUCGAAAAACACCGCAGCACCAUUGACAUUAGCCGCAGCUGUAUUACCAGGAACCCGAGCGCAUAACGAGAGAGUUCACGUUCACCACGGGAUCAGAAUGACGUUACCUGGAAGACCUUUUCCAGCACGUACACUGACCUUGUCAGGACCAGUAGAUCUCAUGGGGACCACAGUGCCAAUGAAGCAAAUACUCAUUAAGUCUGGAGGGGGUGGGUGCAUUGGUCCGUGUCAGACAGCAAAGAGUGCCGCAGUUAUCUAGGAAUCUGAGCCAAAGCAACCUCACUUACAGAGAGGAGCAGGAGAAAGAGGAGGACGAGCAGUGAGGAAGAAAGGAAAGCAAUAGAAAGAAGACGGCAACAGAAAGAUCUGGAGCCAAAAGAAGAGGACACACUUUCCACCUGAAGAGGCACUUACUGAGAUUGAAAGAAAAGCAGAGAAUCUACAAAAACAAAAGGACAAACAGCUUGGAGAGAGGCAGGCAGUACUACUGCUCCAGAGAUUAAUUUUCCCAUGAUUCCUUUUGGUUCUCUUGGUAUGCUAUCACUGUAUGUGGGCACCCUGCUGUCUUUAGAUGCAUCCCCGGCCUGCACACACCCUCCUUGCAGGGACAGUCUGGUGGCUGCACCCAUGCCACCUGGGGCAGGGGCAGGAGUGGGCAGUGGGGCCUGUGAGGGUCAGACUGGGACAGCAGGCUCUCGCAUGGGGGUUGCACUUCCAGCCAUCUCAGACGCUCCACGGCGGUCGGAGCACAGGCCCGAGUCCCCCCAGGUUCAGCCUAAGACUGGAGGUGUCAAAGAGCGUCUCGUUCAGCUGCAGCGCUGCAUGCACUCUCUCCAGGAAACAGGAGGGGCCUGGAGCCACGGGGGCCAGGAGAGCAACUCUCUGGGAGCCAUUCUGGCUCUAAUGGCAGCUGUGCUGACAGAGUGUGACCUCCACUGUCACAGCCAGGCCCUUGGGGUGAUGGCCAAACGACUAGAAAGUGCAGCAGUGGGGAGAGAGGGGGAGAAAGACCUGCUGCUGUUCCUGAAGAGCAUCACACAACACCCACCGACAGUUUCCCCUUUGGAGAGGUUACAUCCUCAGGGCUGUGCAGAGAUUUACAGGCUCGGCAUCAAAGACAGUGGAAUCUACACCAUUCAGCCUGACCUGCACAGGCCGGCACUGGAGGCUAAAUGUGACAUGGAGACGGCGGGCGGUGGUUGGACGGUGAUCCAGAAUCGGCGGGACGGUUCGCUGAACUUCAACAGGACAUGGCAGGAAUACCGCGAGGGCUUUGGGAGUCCGCAGGGAGAGCACUGGCUGGGGAACGCAGCGCUGACCGCCCUCACCUCCGUCGGCCAACACCAGCUCCGGAUUGAGCUGGAGGACUGGCACCAACAGAAACGUCAAGCUACCUACAACAAUUUCAAAGUAGCCUCAGAGGCACAGAGGUAUCGUCUGACAGCUCGUGAAUACUCUGGAGAUGCAGGCAACGCCUUGAGUUACAGCAAACGCUACAACCACGACGGCAGAUCCUUCAGCACCGCUGACCGGGAUCAUGACCGCUACGCAGCAGGAAACUGUGGUCAGUACUACGGCACAGGCUGGUGGUUCGAUGCCUGCCUGGCGGCCAACCUGAAUGGACGGUACUACCGUGGGCGCUACAGUGGGGUGACCAACGGUAUCUACUGGGGGACGUGGUACAUCCUGACAGACGGACGGACUGGAGAACGCUACUCCUUCAAGAGGGUGGAGAUGAAAACGAGACCUAGGAACUUUGUGGGGAGGUCCUAAACCUAACAUGACUCGACUGAAAAUAAGUGGCACAACCGACUUUAAUGAUCAUGUCAGUCACAGUUGAUGAACAGAUGUGAGAUAUAGAGUUACAGCUUGGACAUCACUGUGUUUAGAGCAGCUUUCGUGUCGCCUUUAAAACCUAUGUAGACGGCAGCUAAAAGAUUCAAGAAAAUAUACUUAAGAAAAUGUUUAAACAAUAUUUCAUGUUCACUUGCAGACAGUUUGAGCCUAUUCCCCCACAUUAAAUUAUACUUCUGUUAACUAUGGGGCUACUCCAUAGACUGUACAUAAAGAUGGACGAUAUGACGAUAUAUCCCCUAAAGUGAAGCCAAAGUGUCUCAAUCGCCACCUGGUGGUUGGCUGCAGUAUAGGUCAUAGACCCUACCACCAUCGACCAAACUAAAUAGACAAAACAUUUUUUUUUCUCAAAGAUGUUUUCAGUCAUUUUAGGUAGUUCUUAUCACACUGAUGAUUGUUAAAGUGCUAGAGUUAUUUAAUGAUUUAAAAACGGGGGGGAUAGGGGACCUUGUGAAUGACAGCUGAGAUUCACUCACGAUUAGUCUAACGCAUGGAUUGGUGGGACCUCGACCUCCAGUCCCUGGUGCUACUGCUCCACAUGUGCAUGAUGGCAGCGUUUGUAUCUGGGUCAUUUGGAAAUAUAUUUCUUGACAGCGGGAGGAAGUGGAGACAUGUCGUCCAUCUUUUAGAACAGUCUGUGAUAACGCCAUGUCAGACAAACAAAGAAAUAUAUAUUGAAAUUGCUGUAGCUGUUACUGUUGUUUUUCUACAUUUACCGAUUCUUUAUUGCAUAUAAAAACAUAACCGUGUGACUCAAUCAGUGCCCAGUGAGGCCCGCAUAUACAUACAGAUGUUGUUUCUAUA